GGAAAAUCUAUACACGUACCUGUGUAUAUACCUUAUAUAUAGUGUUAUGUGUUCAUCAUGGCGGACCGACAAUAUCAUCUGAAAUUUGACAGUUCCAAAGCGGCUUCUGUGGAUGAUUACCUCGAGUAUAGAAGGAUUGUUGGUGACGAUGAUGGUGGAAAACUGUUCACUCCCGAAGAAUACGAAGCCUACAAGAAGAAAGUACUGCCCAUGCGGGAAAAGAAUCGGUUGUUUACCAGCUGGUCGUCAUCCACUGGUAUGGACUGUAAGAUGAUUGGACCGGAGACCCUCUGCUUUUGUAAACACAGGUACAAACAGCACAAGACGGACUUUGAGACGUUAGGGGAGACUCGGCCCAUCCUAUUACCUUGCAGGGUGAAGGGUUGUAAAUGUGUGAGUUACCACUAUGUUCCCAUGAACGGUAGUCAACCAAUCAGAUGUACGUGUAAACAUACGUCAGAGGAUCAUCUGGAGGUAGCGCCAUUCCUCUGUAAAAAGUUUCCAAACACAUGCAUGAAGUGUAAAGGGUUCUACAGUGCCUUUACAUGUGGGUGUGGCGAGCCAGUGUACGGGCACUCUACCGUGGUGGAAACUGCUGCGGAGAGGGAAUCUCGUGGGCACCCGGUGGGGCACGCCACGCCCUACCAAGCCAUGGGUGGAUUGACCGGCUUCUCUUCUCUGGCAGAGGGCUACAUGCGCCUGGACCCCAGUGGCCGAGGUGCACCACCGAAAGCCUUCCUCGAGCAGGCCAUCACCGCCCACGACAAUCCUUUCCUCAGGGCCAAUGUCCACUCUAUAAAGGCGUACCAGAUGGCAGGAAGAUCGGAUCGAGCGUUAGCUCCGGACGACGAGGUGUUCGACGACCUCACUGAGAGGGUAUCUGGCAUGAGGAGACCUGGAGAGACCGACAUGGAUUACUUUGAAAGGCGUUACCAGGAAAGGAGAAAAAACGAGGUCAAAGGCAAAGCAAUCGAAGGACCAUCAACGACAGGUCGCAGAAACCCAGCAAAAGCGGUUUCUUCUGGAUCGGCGAAAUCCAAGUCAUCUAGAAAAUGAUGCCAAGAUCCUUCCACAUUAACAUCGUGAGACGUAAAGGCGUGUUUGGAAUGACUGGUGGUUGUGGACCACGAUGUAUAUGUAAACCACCCAUUGCAAGGCAGAGAGCGUAUAUGUAAAACGCGCAGCUCCUCAAAUUACAAAGAUAUACGGUCUAAAUAAUAUGAGUAGAACCCUUCUGAUAAUAAUAUUAACAAAUCAUUAGUUACAUUUUACAGUAUUACAUCAUGUUAAUAACAUAUGAACCUACAAAGCCUGAAGAUAAUUUUGAAAUAAAAAUUCUU